AUGGAUAAAUUUUUAAUUAAACGACCACGGAGUGAAGAGUCAUCCAAUUGUCCGAAAGCACCACCGAGCUCUGGAUCAAGCGAGAAAAACACCGAUGUGAAUUUCAAUUCAAAUGACAUCAUUAGUGAUCCAGGACUACAAAAGUCGAUUGAAGACUUUGAUAUCGGGAUUAGAGAUCAAGUACGAAGGGAAUAUUUAACUAGAGGCCCCUGUCAACCAACUGGCCAUAGUUUUCCACAAAAGGAGCAUGGCAAACAAAGGAGGAGUUUUCAGGAUGCAUGGUUUAAACAAUAUCCAUGGUUGGAGUACAGUGUGACAAAAAAUUCAGCAUAUUGUUUUUGGUGUUACCUUUUCACACCAAGCAGGGGAAAUCAAAUAAGAGAAGACGCAUUUACUAAAAAAGGGUUCAAUAAUUGGAAAAAAUCAUUAGAAAAAUUUGUAAAGCAUGUUGGUGCUGUGAACAGUGUGCAUAAUGACGCAAGAGUACAAUUUCAGAGUUUUCAAAAUCAGAGACAGAGCGUGUCACACCAAUUGGCUACAUAUUCACAAGAGAUGGAUGUUGAAUACCAUACUCGUUUAACAGCUGUUUUAGAUGUGACACAUUUUCUAUUGAAGCAAGGUUUGCCUUUCCAUGGACAUGAUGAGUCCUUGAGCUCCUUGAACAAGGGCAAUUUCCUUGAGCUGCUCGAGUGGUAUAGCCUGCGGAAUGAUAAGGUUUUCAAGGUGGUCAAUCAAAAUGCUCCUGCAAAUAAUCAAAUGACUUCCCCAAAAAUUCAGAAGAAGUUAGCAAAUGCUUGUGAAACAGAGAUUACAUGUGCUAUUGUUGAUGAUAUUGGAGAUAAGUAUUUUUCUCUUAUGAUUGAUGAAGCCCGAGAUGUGUCAGUGAAGGAGCAAAUGGGAGUUGUUCUGCGCUAUGUGAGUAAGAAUGGGUAUGUGAUAGAGAGGUUUCUUGCUAUGGUUCAUGUGCCAGAUACAUCGGCUAUUUCACUGAAGAAUGCCAUUGAUUGUUUAUUUGCCAAACAUGGGUUAUCUCUUUCAAGACUGAGAGGAUAA